CUUGAUCGCGCGUUGAUCGUAUUUACGGUCGAAUUGCGUCCGGUCGCAGUGGUAGCGUGUUUUUUUUUUCUCGGUAUUAUUCCAUUUACUCUCACACGCCUCACUUUACUAGUGUCAGGCAUUUUACGGAAUAUUUUCACUGACGUUUGUCGUUCUAACAGACGGAGGCAGACGAACACUUUCGCAACGAAAAGAUUCCCGCGAAACAAUAUCAGGUAGAUCACACGAGUAAACAAUCAGCGCGCGCACGCGUUUGUCUUGGGCUGUGGGGUUCGUUGUCGGUGUACGCGUUCAGGUCUUUGUGCUCUGACAAGGUGUGAAACGAAAUUUGUAGUAGUCGAUCGCAGUGAGCUGUGUGUGAUCAAUCCGCCAGGUUGUUUGUGGUUGCUAAUUGAACAAGUGUUUGCCUUCUUCGCAAAACAUUGUUGUUUCGGCAGGCAGAAGAAAAAAGGAACUCCGCCGGCCCAUCGUGUUCCGCGGAUCGGGAUUGAUUGGAUGUUGCUCGAGUGUUUUCCAAACUUCGAUCGAUUGUUUGUUUGUGAUUGAGGAGCUGUGCUUCGAUCGUGGCUAAAAAAAAAGAAGAGGAAAAGAAGCGGGGCAGCGGCAGCGGAGAAAAUCGCGCUUGUUUGUAGGCUUUAUCGACAGUUGGUUUUGCGACUUAGUCCGGUAGUUUCGGGUGGGACGCGGUGUGGAGACGAAACCGGUGCCAAGAGGGUUGCGGAAAUCGAGUGGUUAGAACCGAAACGAAAAUCGUCACCGGGGUGUGUACAAUUGUCGGUGUCGUUGUAUUAGUGAUUGGAUGCGGAGAAGUAAUUUCGUUCUUGGGAGCUGCGAAUAAAGUUCUCCGUUGUGGGAAGGUGAAUCUAAUUUAAUACUAGAAGCGUUACGUAAUUCGAAAGAGUUGGGAACAUUCGUGAUCGGAGUGUGAAAUCAACAAGCAGACCGAAAGAAGCAGACGACGACGACGCAAAAAAGGCUUGUUUCUGUUCAGCGAAGAGAAAAGUGCAGAAAAGUUGCAGAAGGCCAAAAGUUUAUGUGCAUAAAACGAGGUGCAAUAAAAAUUCAACCCGAAAACUGAAGAAAUCUGCAACCGGUGACAGAGCAAGAGAAAGAAAGAGAAAGAAUAGUGAAAAGUUUUAGUUAGUUGCAUGAUUUAUUGUUACCGCCGAAGAGUUCAUUAGCUGUCCUUUUUAACUCCACUCUCUGUUUCGGAUCACAAGCAGCGCUACUCGGCGUGGACCGGAAAUACGAAAGGAAUCGAAACGGAUUGAUACAUGGACCCGGUAAAUUGUGGAUGAAAAAUCAUCCUCACCGGCUUGACUCUCGAGAGUGGCACGUGAUUAAUUCUUCGCUACCGAUACGGGGUUGGACAAUUUCCAUUUUUUUUUCGUUCGACUGAACGCCGCAGAUUGGAUGGAUCGCGAGACUGCGGCCAGCUGAAUGAAGGAAAGUACCCAUUAACGGAUCUCAUAAAAACAAGUGUGGAAAGUCCAUAAAAACAACAGAAAACAAGAACGAAUAAGACGACCAACAAAACCACUAGGCUUCUUGAAGUGAUUGAAACCCAUAAAUUUUUCCUCUUUGGCGUUAAUUCUUCUCGGACGACCUUGUUUCCACCAGAUCCAGCGGCAGUAUCAAAAACUAACGUAAGAAGAGUGCCCCCUCAAAAAAUUUCUCACUCUCACAGCCUUGCAGCACAAUACCGAUGAAAAUCAAAAAAAUCAAAACUGUACAUUGAAGAUUGAAGAACGUGCACCCUCCCUUCCUCUCUCAUGAUCAUGACGGUCGGAAUCGAAUAGACAACGACCACCAAAAACGAAGGAGAACCGAAGAAACGGCAGCAAUUAAAUAAUUAUUAGCGUUUAACAACCUGAUCCUCAUCCGAAUCCCCCUUGGCGCACUUCGAACAAUAGAGAAAAAAAAUGUUGAAAAACAUCCACGAGCGAACGGUCAAAAAGGUUAAGGGUAACCACUACAUCGCGAAUCAUGGUGGCCGCGACACGGUAGAUUUGCCAUACUCCCAAGCCAACCGAGGUUACUCCACCGACGGCGAGGACAGUCAACGGGCAGCCUCGGAUCGAACGGUGUCGGAGUACACGGUCACCAAUGAACGGGCUACGCCACCGACGGCUCCGACAAGGAAGUCACGCACGGACAAAUACCACCAGAACGGAAAUGGGCACGGUCCUGCCGGAGGUCCUCGGCCACUAUCUAGUCCACCGACACGAGCUCCUCCCCGAGCACCAUCAGCCCUCAGCUAUGACCAUGGAGGCGAAACCGGAAGCGAUAUCUAUGUGACCUCGGCAGCUUAUAAAGCUCCAUCGGAAAUUAGUCGUUACAGUGCCCAUCGGAAUCAUAAUUCCUCGCGAGGACCACGAAGUGUGUACAGUGUUGCCAGCACUGCAAAAACGGGUCGCAGUUCGCGACGUCACGGUGCCAAGGUGGAGGCGAUGUCCGCCCCGAAUCCGUUCUGUCCGAACGUGAAAGGUGUCUGCUGUCUGAUGUUACUUCUCAAUCUGGGCCUCAUUCUGGUCACCCUGGGCUUUGUGAUAGUGAUGCAAUUCAUGGAACCGCUUUUUGUAUGGAUACUGGGAGUGAUCUUCUUGAUCUUCGGUUUCGCCACCCUUGUCGGCAGUAUGAUCUACUGUGUGAUCGUGUGCCGCGACGCCAAAACACCAGAUCAACUGCGCAACGAAGACCUCUACUGGACUAAACACUGGCAAAAGAGCAUUGGCUACACGCCGCACGAGAUCGAUUACAAGACCGAUCGGUUUGACGAGCGUGAUCGAUAUUCCGAUCGAUUUUCGGUCAGUAAAAUGAGCGGGAAAUAUUCCGAUCGGGAAAUUACCCGAUACUAAUCGAAGCAAUGACACGACGCGAUCCAGUUGAAGAAUGCAAAAUGGCAACUUUGACAAUCGUUUAAAACUUCUCCGUUCAAGCGAUUCAUCCGGUUGGAAAUGUUGUGAUUUUGCGAUACUUUCUGUGGGCGCGAAAAAAUAAAUAACCUGUUUAAGUAACCAGUGUAAGUGAAACGAUUGUUACUAAAAGAUUUAAUUUAAAUGAUUUCGUCCUACGUUUAAGUAAACUGUACUUUUAAUUGACACUAAUGGAAAUCAGUCUGUAGGCUAAAGUUUUUUUUACUUACAUUAAGCACACAGAGUAAUAAGAAGAGACCUAACGCAAGCAAUAUAUUUUUAUGAGCUAAUUGAUUCGAGUACUAUUAACGGUAAUAAUGAUUUAUUGUUUUACACGCUGUAACGAAUGAAAACUGUACAUAAUCCAGAAAAUUUGCAAAUAAAUUGAUUUUAAUGAAGGUA